AUGUCUCUCGCCGGUCUUUUAAGCUUCGUCGAGAGCCUCGACCCCCGUGGAGAGCUACGAGGAAUAUCAUACAGCCUGACAAACAACUUCCAGCUGGGCUAUACCGAUGAAGCAUUCAGCCCCUUCCAGUGUAUCCCAUAUGGAACCUGGGAGAAUUACGACCAGCCCCAGUCCCCGAUCCCCAGCGUUUUGGAGCAGGCCUUUUCCGAGACCAUUGUGCAGGGCCACCAGAUCGACGGCCAACUAGACACGAGGUACUCCUUCAUAGAUAUUCUGCAGCUACAGCAGCCCUAUCCGCUCUUCUUCACCGAGCCGCUGCUCGAGGGGCCAGACAAGGGUAAGAGUCUGGUCGAGGUCUUGGCCGACACGGUCAACUCGAUAGAUCCGGACGUCACGCCGGUGAUUCGAUAUGUCGUCGGGAACCCGACCCCUCCGCCGACUGGUCCGUCACCGGCCGAAUAUGUGCAGGCCUUUUGGCCGCAGGCCAAUAACCAGUCGAUCUUUACCCAUCCAAAGGCCCUGCUGUAUGUUGGGUCUUUCAACCCAGAUAUUGAACUGGCUCAAGACCUUGGGCAGGUAGUAGACCGAUGGAUCAAGGCAUUGGUCGCCGAUGUAGAUGGUGGAGAAACGAUAUAUAAAGCGAUCUCAAACGUAGCAAACACCAUAAUCACCGAUUCCGUCGGGGGACCCAUCCCCCCAGUUACGUGGAAUCACGCCAAGAUCGUCGCCGUGAACGGGAGGGCUCUUCUCACCGGGGGUGGCAACUACUUUGACCUGUACGCGUCCGGGCAGGACAGCCUCAUUGACAACGAUAUUACAGUCCUUGGGGAUGCCGCCGUCACUGCGCACAACUACGCAGACUAUCUUUGGGGAUACUUAAACAGCAAUCACCAAGGCUACGACAACGCUUCACAAGCGUGGUCAACCCUUCUCUCCAACCCGGCCCCCGAGGGAGGCAUACCCCUCGCCCAGGACCCGGCACCCAUGUUCCCUACCGACACGCCUGGGCUCACGGGCGACGUACCGGUGCUGGCGCUGAGCAAAAUCGGCAAUUUCAACCCGGCGGGCGCAAUCGAGUACCCGGCGCAGGUCCUGACGGCGAUCAGGGACAUCUUGUACCAGCUCGUAUGGGCCGAGAAGCCCACUUGGCUUCCGUUCAUCGUCGAACUCACCAGCGACAAGAGGCUCGAAUCCACCUUUGAGGAUGUCGGCGUCAGCCCGGCGAGCUGGGCCAGCCGGGCGGCGCGGGCUCAGGUUGUCUCGCAGGCUCAGGACUAUGUUUUCCUCUCGCAGGCGAUGCUGGUCAACUGGGUGCUGGUUCCGGUGACGUCUUGGCAGAAGCUUGUGGCGCAGAUCAACAGCGAUAUGGAUAUCAACUGGGACGGGAAGAUCUGGCCGUUUGACCUUCUCAUCUCCAUAGCCAAAGCAAUCACAACCAUAGAGCACAACCACAAAGGUGACCCGGACCCCUCCAAAGCCGUCUACAUCAUGGUCAGUCAGUUUGCCAGCCCCACGGACCCGGGACCAGAGGGAUACCAGGACACAACGACCAUCGCGGACCUGACGAGCCGCGUGACCGCGAUUCUGAAAGAGGUCGGAAGGUUCUCGGAUGACGAAGCAGCCGAUGUCAUGGCUCGUCGGUUCCUCGUCAAGCGCAGCGUGCUCGCACCGCCGCCCGGGUCGGACGAGUCGGCCGAGCCGCAGGUCAAGAAGCUGCACACAAAGGUGGUGGAUGUGGACGGGAAGCUGCUAUACUUUGGGUCGGACAACGCAUACCCGCAGUGGAACGAGCAGUUUGGGGUGUGGAUCGAGGAUGCGGACAGGAUCAAGGCGUGGGAGGAUGGCUUCUUUUGGGGGUUUUGGCAGAGGGCUAUUAAUUCGACCCAGUGA